AAAUUCUGAAGAUUGAAUGAAAUGUUAGCUUCUAAAGUCACGAAGAAAACAUUAAGAUGGAGAUUCAGAACGAGAGCUUUAGCUUUUGAGGAGCAAUUUGAUUUGCUAGCAAGUGGAUUUAGUCGUUCCUUUUCUGUUGCGAGGAGUUUCGGAGCAGACAACACUUCGUCUCUAAUCAAUUUGAGCAAGGAUACUGAAGGAGGAGCAUUCCAAUUGCGAAGACAAAUGAGAAGAGAUUCUUCAUGUAAUCCUUUAUUUAAUCAAGAUCAUAGGGUGGUUAGAACAAGCAUUGGAUCUUUUUCUUCGUCAAAUCGUUAUUAUAGAAGCCAUGGACAUUUAAAAGAUAUCAAAGACAAGUUCUUAGGAUCUGUCCCUGAAGUUGUCAAGAUAGUAGAAGUUGGCCCCAGAGAUGGACUGCAAAAUGAGAAGACUAUAAUACCUACGGAAGUGAAGGUGGAGCUUAUUAAAUUACUUGUUUCUAGUGGACUACCAGUUGUUGAGGCUACUAGUUUUGUGUCUCCAAAGUGGGUACCACAGCUAGCUGAUGGGAAGGAUGUAAUUGAAGCAGUUAAGAAUCUUACAGGGGUGCGCUUACCUGUUUUGACACCAAAUCUUAAAGGUUUUGAAGCAGCUGUUGCAGCUGGAGCCAAGGAAGUGGCAAUCUUUGCUGCAGCAUCCGAGUCCUUUUCUCGGUCUAACAUAAAUUGUAGCAUUGAAGACAGUCUUUCUCGCUAUCGUGAUGUUGCUCUUGCAGCCAAAAACCAUUCCAUCCCUGUUCGCGGGUAUGUAUCAUGUGUCGUUGGCUGUCCCAUAGAAGGAGCAGUGUCUCCAUCAAAAGUUGCACAUGUGGCUAAAGAACUUGUAGAUAUGGGUUGCUUUGAAAUUUCUCUUGGUGAUACAAUUGGAGUUGGUACUCCAGGUACUGUUAUUCCAAUGCUUGAUGCUGUAACUCAAGUUGUCCCUGUAGAGAGGCUUGCUGUUCAUUUCCAUGACACUUAUGGACAAGCUCUUUCUAACAUUCUUGUGUCAUUGCAAAUGGGGAUCAGCAUAGUGGAUUCAUCUGUAUCAGGACUUGGAGGUUGCCCAUAUGCCAAAGGUGCCUCGGGUAAUGUGGCUACGGAGGAUGUCAUUUACAUGCUCAAUGGACUAGGAGUGAAGACAAAUGUGGAUCUGAGAAAGCUUCUAUUGGCUGGAGAUUUCAUCUGCAAGCAUUUGGGUCGCCCUUCUGGUUCUAAGGCUGCCAUUGCCUUGAGCAGAACAACAGCUACUGCCUCAAAGCUUUAAGGGACAUCUGAUGCCGCUGAAAUUGUGCACUAUGUCCACUCUGAGGUGAAAGUCACUUCAGACCAACUUCAACUGUAGCAUUACUGUCACUCAUACCGUUCCAUCAUUGUCUUAUGUUAAACAUAUCCAUGUCAAUGUGUCCCCUGGUCAAUGGCAUAGCUACAUAGAAUGGAGGGUAGUCGGUUGAACACUCUUCGUCAGAAUAUUAUUCCGUGUAUAUAGAAAAUAAUUUUAGGUCGAAUAUUUUUCUCUUAGUCGUUGACACUCGACAUAGUGCCAGUGUUCUCUUGCCUUAGUGUAACUGGAUUUAAACUACAUAUUUUCAAUGUCUUCAUAAUCAUCUGAAAUAUGGUGGUAGUUUUAGACUA